UACCCGGGGGUGUAGCUUGUCCCGAAAUUCGACGGUGUUAGAAUUUCCUUUGCUUCCGGGGAACAAAGCUUCCCCGUGAGGACAACCUGCUACCGAUUGCUGUGGACACGUGGAUUGUGUUAGGGGAGCCCAGGUUGUCACUUUCUACAAGACUUUCAGCUUGAAAGGAAAACUUAUCUGGGUCCGCGAAAAAAGUGGUUAUAGUUGAGUAAACUGGUUGGUGGGAACUCUUUACGAGAAAGAAUAAGAGUGGAGAAAGACCUUUGUUUUCCUGCUAAAAUCAUAAUGGAGAUAGAAGAACAGCAACAAGCAUGGAAGAAAAACUUUUACUUGGAAUUACCAAAAGUGGAACUUCAUGCCCACUUGAAUGGAUCCAUUAGUUCUAAAACCAUGAGGAAAUUAAUAGCCAAGAAGCCAGAUCUUAAAAUUCACAAUCAGAUGACUAUGAUUGACAAGGGAAAGAAGAGAACUUUACAAGAAUGUUUCCAGAUGUUUCAACUUAUUCAUCAGCUUACUACUAGCCCUGAAGAUAUCCUGAUGGUGAGACCUGAAGGAAUAUUUGGAAAGGUUACAAAAGACGUUAUUAAAGAAUUUGCAGAAGAUGGUGUCAAGUACCUGGAACUAAGGAGCACACCCAGAAGAGAAGAUGCCACUGGUAGAGUUUCACUACUUCUCAGCGGAUGCAUUACCCCUUUUCCAUGUGCUUUGAUCAUUCGUGUGUGUGAAGUUGGAAGUUUGAAGCCCUUUUACACUAUUGUUCCAGUUUUCAUGGGAAUGACUAAAAAGACUUACGUGGAAUCUAUACUUGAGGGUAUUAAACAGUCCAAACAGGAAAACUUAGAUAUUGAUGUUAGGUAUUUGAUAGCAAUCGACAGAAGAGGUGGGCCUUCAGUAGCCAAGACGACUGUUAAAAUGGCUGAAGAGUUCUUCUGUUCUACUGAGGAGACAGUCCUUGGCAUUGAUCUCAGUGGAGAUCCUAUGGCAGGACAGGCAAAAGACUUCUUGGAACCUCUUUUGGAAGCUAAAAAAGCAGGUCUGAAGUUGGCAUUGCAUCUUUCAGAGAUUCCAAACCAAGAAAAAGAAACACAAAUGCUCCUGGAUCUGCUUCCUGACAGAAUUGGGCACGGGACGUUUCUUAACUCCUCUGAGGGAGGAUCCCUGGAUCUGGUGGACUUUGUGAGGCGACGUCGGAUACCGCUGGAACUCUGUUUGACCUCAAACAUCAAAAGCCAGACAGUCCCAUCUUAUGACCAGCAUCAUUUUGGAUUCUGGUACAGCAUUGCCCAUCCUUCAGUGAUCUGUACUGAUGAUAAAGGUGUUUUUGCGACACACCUUUCUCAGGAGUACCAGCUAGCAGCGGAAACAUUUAAUUUGACCCCGUCUCAGGUGUGGGAUCUGUCUUACGAAUCUAUCAACUACGUCUUUGCCUCAGACAGUACCAAAUGUGAACUAAGAAAGAAGUGGAAUCAUCUCAAGCCCAACGUGUUAUGUUUUUAAGCUGUAAUGAGGUGGACUGCUCUCAAAUUACGUGUUGCAACAAGAUCUUCCUGCCAUUUUCCACUUGGUGAAUUGCCCACCACUCCUUUUGAAGCAUAAGCAGCCCAGUACCGUGGGCUCAGUAAAUAUGUAUUAAACUGACCAGCAGGCACUGAGGUCUUCCAUCGCUUACCUCCAUGCUGCCUUCUGAAGGGACUUGCUGCUAACUAAACUCCCGUUCCACUUGUAAAUUUUUUUUUUUAGCAGUUUUUCCCCAUUAAUGAUCAUAAAACUUCAGGUAAAUCAAAGUAGUUUCUCAGGACAAAUUUUACAAUCACUAGUCUAAAUAGGAGCCCUGGUGGCACAGCAGCUAAGAGCUCAGGUGCUAGCCAAAAGAUGGACAGUUUGAAUCCACCAGCCGCUCUUUGGAAAACACUGUGGGGCAGUUCUACUCUGUCCUAUAGGGUUGCUAUGAGUCGGAAUCGACUCGGCAGCAGUGGGUUUGGUUGCUUUUUUUUGGUUUUGGUCUAAAUAACGUGAUGAAAGAGGGAAAGCAUUGCUGCCAGGACUUUGAAGCCUCUAGCCUGUGACAGCAGCUCUGCGUUGUGCUUCCGUGAGUCAGACUCCCUUCCCUUGCUGUCUCUGGGUGAGUACCCCUCAGGACUGGCAACCUCGGGUUCCCAAGCUCACCGCGCGUUUCCGUGAAUCCCAGCAGCCACGGUCACACCUCAGGAACUCCCAUGACAGACAGAGCCAGCUGCUGAGGUCAGGCUUUAACCUUCUUGUGAGUGUCCCGUCAAGACUUGAAAGGGAUUGAAGUCAUUGCUCCAGUUUAGGAAUAAAGAGAGAGACUAGCUGGCCAAGGGGCGGGAAAGACAGAAACUGCUGCAGAUUCCAUUAAAACAACUCUGUCCCUUUAGUUUUUCCUCUGUGGAAGCUGCCAGGAUUUCUAUCCCAGUGCACACUUUCUCCUGAUCACAAAAGGUCCUCCAGUAGUGACAGCAUUGUUAACUGAGGGACUCUGUAACCCUGCCGCUAUA